AUGGGAAGACUGGAACGGGACGGGCGCGUCAUCGUCGCGGAAGGGGGGAGUUGCCCCUCCCUGGAGCGCCUCCGCAACGGCGACCUGCUGGUGGCCUAUCGGGACGACACCCACAGCAAGACGUGCGUGAGCGUGACGCGCUCCACCGACUGCGGCCGGACGUGGCGCAAGGAGCACACCUUCGCCUACGGCGCCUCGGCGGAGCGGACGGACGAACAGUUCUACGGCCAUCACGGCAUGGCGCAGCUCGCCGACGGCACCAUCCUGCUGCCCUACAACGUGUACGGAACCAGCUACAGCGGCGUCUACAACCGCACCGUGUGCGUGCGCAAGUCGGUGGAUCAGGGGCACACCUGGUCGGAGCCGAUCGUGGUCAUACCCGGCCCGGGCCCGGCUGCCGGCUGGGCGGCGGCGGUCUCCUACGGCAAGAUCCGCACCCUCCACGACGGCACCGUGAUCCUGCCGAUCAUCGGCCGCCGCGAGGGCGACCGCUUCGGCCGCCACGGGUUCCUGACCUCCAGCGACGGCGGCGAAACCUGGGAGCGCUACGUCACGGCCGCCUGCGACCGCUACUCCGGCGACGAAGCCGACUUCCUGCAGCUCCCGGGCGGCCGCAUUCUGUGCGUGAACCGCGAUCCCUCCAACACCCACGGUCACGGGGUCGGGCCGCUGUUCUGCAACUGGAGUGACGACAACGGCGCCACCUGGAGCAGCCACGAGAUGGUGGGCUGGUCCGACCCGCGCUACGGCCACUCCCCGGCGCUGUUUCUCACCAGGACCGGCACCGUGAUCUGCGGCUACCGGCACGUGGCCGAGAUGGACCACCUCCAUAUCGGCAGCGUGGCGUUCUGCUACGUCAAGGAGGAUGGGCUGGACUGGAGCGGCGAAACCCACAUCUGGGGCGGCCCCAUGUACCUGUCGUUCCUGAUGCAGUUCCACGCGAUGGGGCAGGGAUACCCCAGCUUCGCCUACGCCGACGACGAGCGCAUCCUGGUGGUGCACCACAACCAGCCGCCGCCGGCGGUCGGGGAGCGGGACAUCGAGGGCGUGUUCUACGUGGAGCAGGACGAAGAAGCCGCUUGGCGCGGCGACGUGGCGUAA